GUAAAGAAAGUCGGAAUAAGGGUGAAACAGAGCAGACCGCUCAGAAAGAGGUCAGAGUGUUUAGAUGCCGCUGAGUGAACGAUGCUGGUGAAAGUUUGAAAGGAUACUUAAAGAAACUAAUGGAUUUUAACAGUUGGAAGAACAACCAAAAGGGGACGAUGGGACGUGCCUGUGUCACGCUGCAUGCUGCCAUCAGAUGAAGAUGGCAGAAAAAGGGCCAGCAAUGGCCACUCGAGCAUUCACAAGCAUCAUAGUUUGUGCUUUUUUACUGGGACAAGGAUCCCCUGAGAAGACAGGAGGUGGUAAAGAGGACCAGAGGGACGCCGUUCUUAGGGAGAUCAUUUCAAAAUGGGGUACAGCGAGUGGCUGGAACUCUCAGAAAUCUCCUCCAGAACCACACGGGGACCAGUCCGUGAUCCCUUGGGUGAGGAAUAUCGUGGGUAGCCUAAAAUCCCUUGGCCUACUCCCCAAAAAGAACCUGCCUCCAGUGAACAAGCCAAUUGACAGGCACCGUCUGUCCGGCUUCCUCUACAACAUCUCUCUGUACCUCCAAGAGAUGGGCGCUGAGCUCGAGGAGGCACAGGGGAACGAGGACCAGCUGUGGGAGAAAGUGCUGAACUACGUCCUCCAGUCCGAGGGGAGUGCUGCCCUGAACCAGUGGAGCGGCCGCGUCCCACCUCGGCCCAGCGUCAGAGUGCAGGACUGGUUCUUGUCCCUGAGGGGAAGCCCUCACUGGGACUGGUUUCUGGGGCUGCUGCAGAGUCUGAUCAGCCUGUCAGAGCGUCAGUCCCACAGGCCUCUCUUGACCUUCUUAUCUCAGAACUGGAGGACGGUGAGCGCAGUGUUCGAAGCUGCCCUUCAGGCUCUGCUCAGUGGGACCUACGGUCAGGCCAGUGCCGGCCUGCAGGGCUUCAUCUGUGCCCUAAAAGGCCGCAGUGACUGCGCCUUCAGUGUAAGCUGGCUGCAGCAGCUGCUACGUUUCCUAGAAACACGCAGCUGGAAGCCUGUUGUGAGUUUACACCCAGCAGGGGAAGCCGCCGAACACAGCAGGAGCUCAAGUGUAUUCGGGCGUUUGAGGCCCUUCAGCUUGCCCCCUGAGGCCAUGAGUCAGGAGACGCUGUCUGCAAAUGCAUCUCAGGGAGAUGCGACGACCGCUGAGGAUGGUCCAGACUCCAUGCAAAGCUUCCUGCUGCAGGCGUUAUCUCGCUCAGGUGGAGGAGAGCGAGGUGGCCAUUUGGCACAGAAGAAUGUAGCUCUGGUGCAGGGUUUGGAUGGGCUGAGGAGGGGCUUCCUGCACAGGGUGGGUAGUUCUGUCUACGGUAACCUGAGGAAGAAAGUGUCACGAGUCACUAUGGCGCUGCUCGACGAUGUCAGCAGCCUGGUGGAUGCACCACAGCCCAAUGCAAGGGGCCGAUGCUCAGUUGGUGAUCUUAGACAGCUCAUCUUAUGGGGGAUUAGACAUAAUGUGACCUGGGACGCGCAGGCUUUGGGCUCGCAGAGCUUCCCAAGCUCACUCCCAUUCCUGACCUGCCCCCCCACUGAAGCAGAUCAUCUAAGAUCGCUACUAACACCGGGCAAAUCAUCCCCAAAAGAAAGCCCCUCUUCACGAACAAUCUCCAAAAAAAAAACUUUUCAUAACCUGCCUACCAAACCUCAUCCCCCCCAGCUAAACCAGCCCCAAGAAGGGAGGAUGGGAGGGCGCUCUGACCAUCAGAGAGAAAUUGAGUAUUUGACUUCCAUUGAAAUCCUGGAGGCAGCGUGCAACGAAUCCAUCCCGGGCCUGACAGGCGUUUCCAACUUCACCGUUUUCCUCUACUGUAAACUGUUUGAAGGGGAGAACGGAUCAGUGGAUCCUGCGGAGGCCCAGAUGGGCCUAGACCUGCAUGCCACAUGCUCGGAUGCAGCUUGGUACCUGUCUGCUGCUGAAGAGGACUUCCUUUGGGUUCAUGUCUGCAGCGAGUUCUUCGCCCAUGAAUUCAACAACACGGUCUGCGCCAACUCCUCUUUCUGGCUGCAGAGAGCACAACAGGCUGCAGUGGCAAAGGACUACCACUUUUUUAACCUGACAAGUAUAGAUGACCUGUGUGUGCAGCUGACAGGUGAGGCGAUAGAAAAUCCGGUACUCGACGACAACUGUGCGGUGCAGUUGGGCCAAAGGUCGCUCAGUGCUGAAGCUUUCAGGCAUUGCUUCCUGCCCAACAACUCCAUGCUGGUCUCGGCUGUGUGCGGGGGACGGUCGCCCGAGGGCAGCUGGGCAUCCUCGUACUGCUCCAAAAUCCACAACUUCUCACACGGUGACGCGACCUGUCAGUACAGGGCAUGGGCCGUGCAUGAUUUCACCAACUUCACCCUCCUGGAGCUCUGUGAGCAGACACACGGAUUGAGAGAGUACAUUUGUCACAAUGCCACACUCUUCAAUCGACUGUCAAGAGCAAUUCCCCAGUUUGCCGAUUUCUGUGCUGACCUGCAGGCGGAACUGGAGGGCAGGAAGUGCCUCCUGCAGAGGUUUUUUGACAUGCUCCCAGCGCGGUAUGACUUUGACACGUCGCAGCUGUGUGUGGACCCGGCUCCAAUGCUGGUGGAAGCUUUACACAAGAUGAGUGUGUGUGAGGUCGAGGGAGGGGAGCGUGAGGGUUUUUUAGUGGCGCUGGGAUACGUGUUACGUGUCCUGGACUUCAUGGUGGGCCUCUCUUCGGGCCUGGAUGAGGGGGAGAGAGAAGCGAGGCAAGGUCUGGCUCAGGCUAUCCUCCUUUCCAGUCUCCUCGACAACACCUCCUGGGCCACACUGCAACCAGAAGCCUCCACCAGUGUCCUGCACACCGUGGGAGUCUUUCUCCGCAGAGAGCAGAACGCCACUCUAAAAGAGGAUCUACUGAGCUGCUUCAGUCCUGUCUUGUGGGAUCUCAUCCAGCUGGAUGACAACUCAUCAGCUCUGAGGUUUCUGCUGCAGGAAUACCUCCAGAUGCCAAGAGACAGCAUUCGCACACUAGUGAUGUCUGCUGAAAAAGAUGCAGUUAAGAGAUUUCUCUCACAUAUGCAUCAGAGUUGGGACAAGCUACAAGUUGAAACUGGCCAGGCCUCUCAAAAGGAGUUACAGGCCAUGGAAACAAUGACUGCUGCUUUCAUCCAUAAAUUCCCCCGAGUGACCCCGGAAUUGUUUGUGGACCUUUCUCAGUUCAUCCCCUACAUGUCUGUCUCUGACAUCAUGAGCUUCCCAGCCUCCCUGAUAGUCAACGACAGUGUGUUGACAGCCAUUCGGGACCACAGCUCAGAGAUGAAGUCACUGCAGAAAAAGGCCUUUGUAAAAAGACUCCUGCAAUCGAGUGUGGUGGGAGAUGUCCCUUCAUGGCCACCAUACUUUCUCAGUUCCAUCCUUCCUCUUCUUCCUUACCUGCCGGUCAGCCAUUUUCAGCAACUCACAUCGCAACAGCUUACUCCUCUGGUAGAGUUGCUAGGCAACGGCAGUCUGGAUGGUGUAAGAGGGCGCCAUGUGCUCCGGACUCUCUACAGCAGGAAGCAAAAUCUGACCAGGGAUAACAUAUUAAGGUUAGGGGUCCUUGCAUGUUACCUGGAUCCCGUGGAGCUGGGUUCUUUUCUUCGGGACUCGGCCGUGUCCUCGGCUCUCUGGCAGCAGCUGGCUCAGUGCAUGUCCAAGGGGCUCAUCAGUACCUCUGGCCGGUUGUCCUCUUGGUUGAUACCAGCCGUGGAGAACCUGAACGUCAGCAGCAUGACUCCCCACGAGCUGUCCACCCUCAGCGGACUCUUCCCUCAGUUAGGAGCUUCCUUCCUGCUGUCACUGCCCUCACAGCUGCUCAUCCAAAUCCUCUCACAGUCGGCGUCACAGAGAUAUCCUCCAGCACAGGCUUUUCAAAUGUUAUCCAAGAUUUCAAAGGACACCUCUCUCACCGUGGAGACGCUGUGCCGACUGAAGUCGUUACUCUCUGGCCUCUCUUCUGCUGUGCUCAAAGACCUCCGCUGGUCUGAGAUCAGUGGAGCUGAACACUGCCUGUGCUGGAAGAUGUUGCUAACUGAGCUGCAGCCCGGCCACAGAGCCAUGAUGUACAAUGCAAUGCAGGAGACUCUGCACAUAUACUUGCAGAAUAUCACCCAGCGGGCACACUGUCUAUUACCGUUCAUCCCUCUGAGGAAGCUGACAGAAAUCUUAGAUGGAAAAACAAUCCUGAGAAAUGUCAGCCUGUACAGAGGCAUACGCUGGUCAGCACAGCAGGCUCAGGUUUUGUUUAAAAAGAUCCACCAACUUAAAAACAUUACCAGCAAGAUGGCGAGUGAUCUGGGUCAUAUUUCCAGUGGAAUGAGUUGUGAUUUUCUGAGGCUUUUUAGCAACAAUACGGAUUUUGUCGAGCUGCUUCGGUUUGUUAGUGAGCAGCCUGGAGGCACAAGACCGGCUCUGCGAAAAUGUAUCAUAGAAGAAUUGAGGCAACAGCCUGCAAUGAACCUCAGUGCUUUGAGCCCUGGGUUUGCAGCAACGCUACCCGUGACGAUGAUAGAGGAACUCUCCAAUGCAUCCUUCAGGGCCAUUCUGGACCACAUUCAGACACACUUUGCUGAUUUCCUGAGAAUGCCUCAUUACAAGCAGACUAAUUUAGCUGAGAAAGCUGUAACUGAGCUGGGCUCCUAUCGGGCUGAAUGGGAGAUUGAUGGGCCCACCCUGGACGUCCUGGGGCCUUUACUGCCUUUCUUGGACCGGGACAGUUUGGCCCUGGUGGACAGAGGAGCGCUGGCUCUGCGGCUGGAGGAGAUGAGAAGUUUCUGCCUUCCUAAAGAGGCUCUGAGAGAUAUCAGUGCGCUCUUCACUCAAAAAGACCUGCUUGGGGAGCCAUCCCAAUGGCAGGCCGGAGAUGUGGAACAUUUGGGACGGCUGGUAUUUUCUCUCUCGACAAAGCAAAUAAACUCCAUUCCCCUCUCAGUGCUGAAUAAAGACACAGUGGAGCAGGUCCUGGUGGGUCAAAGCCGCUGGGAGGACAGUGUGGUGGGGGGAGUCUGUGUGACUCAGUGUACGGACCUCCAGCGGCAGAGGAAGAUGACUCAGAGCCUCCUUCGAGGGAUUGUCAAAGCACGGAGCAGGAGGGCAAAAGUGCCCGUUCCAAGUUGUGCAGACAUCAGAGGGACGUUUCCAUCGGCUUGGACGUCCGCUCAGCUCAGCCGUAUGUCUCAGGAGGACCUGAAAGAGUGUGUCCAGGUCUUCGCUAAGGACACUUCGAUGAGCUCUGAGCAGCGCCGAGCACUGUGGCUGAAACUCAGGAAGGUCAGUAGAACUGUGAAGUCCUUCAGUCCGGUGAGGGAGCUGAGAGCGGAUCAGGUGCUGGCUCUGGGCCCCGUGGUCACUGAGAUGGGGGAAAGAGACCUCCAGGACGCCCAUCUAACUGAUCCGGGUGUGUUGGCUCAUCUGGGGACACUGACACACUGGAGCCCUAAAAAGACGAGGGCGGUCAUUUUAGGUGUGAUGCGGAAACGCAAACUGAAAGUGGAGCAGUUAACAGCCGUUGAUAUGGCAACAUUUGGGAACCUGAUGUGUGGUUUCUAUCCCUCGGAAAUCAAAAGACUGAGUCCCUACAAUCUCAGUGUGGCUGUCCUGUUCCUGCGGGAGACGUCCCUGCCGUGCUCAGAGCAGCAGAUGGAGGAGUUGACGAGCCGCUUGUCCAGACCUGAGGCCUUUGGUCCAGUCAGUGCUUGGGGACCAGAAGUUUUUACCGAAAUUGGGACGCUGGCAGCGGGCUUAGAGGACAUGGUGCUUUCAGCCCUGGUUCAAGAACAAGUGGAGGGAAUCACCCCUGAAGCCAUCGCCCUGAUGUCACCAAAGAAGAUGGCAGUGGUGUUCAGUGCAGUUCAGAUGUCGUGGCUGAGUGCGGAGCAGGCGUGGGCCGUCACUGAGGAGCAGUGGGCACAGAUGGACGCGGAGCAAAGGCACGCUGUCGGACUUGCUCGCUACGAAGGAGACGUUCUGCUGGAGCUCAGAGGAAGGAACUCGGCUCCAGCAGCAGACAGCUUUUCUACGUACUCACUGGCUCUGUGCCUCUUGUUGAUGCAUCUUCUUUAACAUACUGGAACAAAUGUAAUAGUCCUUUGACCUCCCUUGGUAUCAUCAUAUUUGUAUUUCAAAUAAAUAUUUUGAACUGUU